UGAUAACCAAAAAGAAAAGAAAAAAAAGGGUAUCCCUCAAGAACAUACACAGCUUUUGUUUGUGCCCCUUUCGGUGUUUGAACCCAAAAAGUGAUAUAAAAGGUGUUUUCAAUGUGCAUUAUUGAGUUUACUUUGAAACCCCUUCUUUCUCUCUCUCUCUCUCUGUCUUUACGUAACUAUGGUUCAAGAUAGCAAUUAUAAGGUAAAAUCAUUGUCGCCUGCCGUGUCUGCUUUUCAGUUCCAUGUCAAGACCCCAAGUGCUACCUCCUCAUUAGGACAAGGAGAUGGGUUAUUAAAGAUUUCGACCACCAGCAACACCGCCACCACGAGUAGUAGCAAUAGCAAUAGCAGCAAUAGCGAGGAUUAUUUUAAUAGCAGCAAAAGUUAUCAAUCUUCACCCAGUACACCGACUAUUUCAGGCAAGGAAGGUUAUGUGUACAAGGACCAGCUUAUUAUAUUGGAUGAAGAAACAAGAUUGAAGUUGACACACAUGGGACAACUUCCAUUAGAUGCUGAAUGGACCUUUUGGUAUGACAAAUUUGUGCCUAAUUUGCCUGCCUCUGACUACGAAUCGAAUUUAAAAGUGAUUUCGACAGCAAAGACAGUACAGAAAUUCUGGUCUAUAUAUAACAACAUUGAUGGUCCAGAUAGACUCGGAUUCAGGAGUAAUUAUCACUUUAUGAAAACGGGAAUCAAGCCUAUUUGGGAAGAUCCUCAGAAUGAAUACGGUGGAUCGUAUAAUUUCAAGAUCAAUAAACAGCAAUCAUCUCUAGCUUGGCGAGAUAUCUUGGUGUUGCUGAUAGGUGAAAAGGUGGAAGAUUGGAUAAAGAAUACAGUGUUUGGGGUUUCAGUGUCUUCUCGACAACAUGUAGACAAUUAUCAGAUCUGGACAGCGCAUCAUAAUAAAAAUAUCCAGGAUAGCAUUGUGCGUGCCAAACUAGAAGAAUUACUGUAUCCUGCUGAUAUACAGUCAUUUUACUUUAAAAUGCACAAGACACACGCCGACUUUCAAAAACCCACCACACCCACAUCUGCUCAUUCACCCAAAACAGAUAUGGCGGCUUCUUUAUCAAGACCUAUAGAAAUGAGAAGGAAAAUCACCGAAGAAAGUAUAGAACGUGUUGUUCAAGACAUCGAAAAGUUAAAACUGAGAGAAAGAGUUAAAUAAGCCACCUUUUUUUUUUCGUGUUUUUUUUAUAUAUAUCUUUUUUAUUUUCUUUUUUUUUCUCUCUUUUUCUUUUCAUCCCAGAUUGUAAUUAUACCUUGAAAUAAAUAAUGAGCAGUGCAUCUGUUAUUGAAGCUAAACUUGAAGCCGAGUCAAAGGCUUUCCAAUUAUUACAAAAAGAACUUGCUCUUGUCAUCGAGUCAAGACAACGUUUGGAAUCACAACAACAGGAAAACGAACUUGUCAACACCGUAAGACAAAAUAUAAAUUAAUAUAGAGCGAGC